CUUCUCCGCCGAGGAGAGUGGAAAGACAGGGAAAGAGAGCAAACGAUCGAGCGAGAGAGAGAGGGGGAGGCCGAACCCGUCGCCGCCAUUUUGGAUCCCACCGAGCUGUGGACGGAGAGCGAAAGAGGCAAUAAAUAAGCUCUUGUUACGCCUAUGCAACCAAAUCAGCCGUUACCUCGCCCCUCCUGUGGAGACGAGCGCCUUGUUUUUAGAAUAGCCCCGCUAGAAACACAAUAACUGUUGGACAAAAUAAUACAGACCCAAAAACAACCUCAAACCGGAAGCGGCUUCCCCCACCUUUCUCCAUCCUCCUGGGGGCGGUGGUGUACCAAUGCACUUGGGAGACCUUUUGUCCAUGUAUCAAGUCUCACAAUUCAAGCUUCAAGUGUAGGACCCUGCCUGCCAAGUAGGCUCUCAUCCGGUAUCUCUCAGGUCUCUGUGGUCAAGUCACUCGGCCUCUGCUGAGCAAGAGGAAAGCAUCCUGCUUUUAUAAAGUAUGAAGAAAACCCAUCUCUAGUGAAGGAAACAUGGCGGAUAAAAGAAAGCUACAGGGUGAAAUUGACCGGUGUUUGAAAAAGGUCUCAGAAGGUGUGGAGCAGUUUGAAGACAUCUGGCAAAAGCUUCACAAUGCAGCAAAUGCCAACCAGAAAGAGAAAUAUGAAGCAGACCUAAAGAAGGAAAUUAAAAAGCUACAGAGAUUGCGGGACCAAAUAAAGACAUGGGUAGCAUCAAAUGAGAUCAAAGACAAAAGGCAGCUUAUUGAUAACCGGAAACUUAUAGAAACUCAAAUGGAAAGGUUUAAAGUGGUAGAGCGAGAGACAAAGACAAAAGCAUACUCUAAAGAAGGGCUCGGUCUUGCCCAAAAGGUGGACCCAGCACAGAAAGAAAAAGAAGAGGUCGGCCAGUGGCUAACGAACACAAUUGAUGCAUUGAACAUGGGAGUGGAUCAGUUUGAAAGUGAGGUUGAAUCUUUGUCAGUACAAACCAGGAAGAAGAAAGGAGAUAAGGAUCAGAAGCAGGACAGGAUAGAGGGGCUGAAGCGGCACAUAGAGAAGCAUAGGUUCCACAUACGAAUGCUUGAGACCAUACUGCGAAUGUUGGAUAACGAUUCGAUCAAUGUGGAUUCAAUCCGGAAGAUUAAAGAUGAUGUAGAGUAUUAUGUGGACUCUUCCCAAGACCCAGACUUUGAAGAGAAUGAGUUCCUGUACGAUGACCUUGAUUUAGAAGACAUUCGGUGUUCAGGCGGAGAGUGUGCAUCAUCAGAAGACGGAGAUGCACAGGCGCUGGUAGCUACUUCCCCACCAGGCCACAGUCACAUGGAGGAUGAGAUCUUUAACCAGUCUAGCAGCACUCCCACCUCCACUACAUCAAGUUCCCCAAUUCCACCCAGUCCGGCCAACUGUACGACUGAAAACUCAGAAGAUGAUAAAAAGAUUCGAGGCAGAUCAACAGACAGUGAAAUUAGCCAGUCACCAGCAAAGAACGGUUCUAAAAGCAUCCUUAAUAACCAUCAUACGCAGUCUCCUGCAGUAACUACUAGUUACCAGAUAGGAAGCAGUUCAAGCACGUCCUCUUCUCUUGGAAACGGGCCGGGUACGAAUAGCAAUGGAUCAGUAUCGAACAGCAGCAGUACGAGCAGCAACAAUAGCAAAAAUAACCCAUCUACUGUGCAUACCUCUGGUACACCGACACCUUACGCACAGGCUGUGGCUCCUCCACCAUCUAGUACAAACACUUCCCAGCCAAGGCCACCAAGUGCCCAGCAGAAUGCGAGCAAGCAGAAUGGAGCAUCAAGUUACAGCUCUGUAGUAGCGGAGAAUUCUGCAGACUCUACUCUAAGUAAUAACAGUCAGGUGCAAUUAAGCCAAUCGGUGAUUCACAAUCCACCGACUAGCACUGCGAAAGAGACCAGCAGUAACUCUCAACCGCCGAGCAACAAUAGUACCAACACUGGACCCAGUUUAUUAUUGCCCUUAAAUGUAAAUCCACCUAGUUCACCAACACCAAGCGGCUUUAUUGAGCCAAAACCCAGUCAGCCUCUUCUAAAUGGGCCACCGCAGUUCAACUCUACACCAGAGAUCAAGGCACCGGAGCCCCUUAGCACAUUAAAAUCUAUGGCAGAACGAGCAGCAAUUGGACCCAACUUAGAAGACCCAGUUCCUACUAUCCACCUGGCUGACAGGGAUAUUCUUAUCACUACAAGUACAACGCAACCUCCAGUAACUCAACCCCCAACGCAGCAUUCAGAAGUUAACAUCCCACUAUCUCUGGGGGUCUGUCCUUUGGGUCCUGUUGCACUCACUACAGAUCAGCUGUAUCAACAAGCAAUGGAAGACGCAGCUUGGCAUCAUAUGCCUCAUCCGUCUGACUCAGAAAGGAUACGACAAUACCUCCCGCGGAAUCCGUGUCCGACACCCCCAUAUCAUCACCAGAUGCCUCCUCCUCAUUCUGACACCGUCGAAUUCUAUCAACGGCUGUCCACAGAGACUCUUUUCUUUAUUUUCUACUAUCUGGAGGGCACUAAAGCACAGUAUUUAGCAGCCAAAGCGCUGAAGAAACAGUCCUGGAGGUUUCACACCAAAUACAUGAUGUGGUUUCAGAGACAUGAAGAGCCCAAGACAAUAACAGAUGAAUUUGAACAGGGCACAUACAUUUACUUUGACUAUGAAAAAUGGGGCCAGCGGAAGAAAGAAGGAUUCACAUUUGAAUAUCGUUACCUGGAGGAUCGUGACUUACAGUGACUUCUCUCCAUUAUACUCAGCCUUCCAGUUUCACAUGGGCAAACAGCAAAGGAGGAAAACAAGGGGAGGGACGGAUGAGUGUUUCUCUGUCCCGUUCCCAAGGAGCGUUGGGAGGAGGGAAAAUUCGGACAAACACUUUAAUGCAUGCAGUUUCAAAAAUUAUAUGAAAACAUGAAAUGGGAUCGCAAAUAAAAAAUGGAGAGGAUGGGAAUGUGAAAAUCAGGAGAGUUCAAUCCCUCACGAGUCUCCAAACCUCCUCACUUUUUUCCGAAGGUUUCAAGGAAGAGGCAGCAACAGUCAACUUUUUAAUGUAUUUGGUUAAUAGUAAAAAGAAACUGAACAAAAAAAGUGUAUAAAAGUCUUUGCAAGAGGAAGGAAAAGCUAUUCUUCCCCUCCUGGAUGUUUCUGCAGGCAGGAAGUUCUUGUCUCUACCCAGAGGGGUUUCUACUGGCUGCCAUUUUUUUGUUUUGUUUUUUUCCCCUCUUUAAAAACAAAAAAACAAAAAACUUUUGUUUUUCUAUCAUUUUGUCCUUUUGGCAGAUACUGGAUCUUUUUGUUUUGAUAACAAGUGCAUCAAGGUUUAAAGUGUUUUAUUUUUUAUUUUCCCCUACCCUUUAUCCCCUUCCCUCCCCUUCCUCGAUACAUGUAUCUGUACCGAUGGAAUUAAUGGUAUGGAAAGCUGGUUUAAAAUAUUUUUCGUAACCUAUUUUCAUUUUGGAAAAUAUUUAUGAAUAAAUAGUUUUAUAUGA